AUGGAGAUGGAGAUUGGAGUGGAGGCAGCCAGACAUUUUUCCUAUUCCUAUUUUGUUCGAAAAUUGAAUAAUGGUGAGGAUAUUACGAAAGAAAAACAUGAAAUUAGUGUACAACAUAUGACUAAUAUGAAUAUCUUGAUACACAUAACUUUCGCCGACCGGGUGAGGAGGGUAGAAAACAUUAUAGUAGAGGGGAAAAGGGUGGUUGGAGGCGCCAUAUCCAUGUUUCAGACUAUUGAUGUUCUCUUAGGUUACCUUUGGGUGUUCUUGUCAUCUUGCUUCUCUCGUAGAAUCGUUAAGAUUAUUAAGGAGGUCAUAUAUUAUUGUAUUAUUCUUGAUUGUACUCCAGAUGUUAGUCAUAAAGAACAAAUGACUUUAAUUAUACGUUGUGUAAACAUGUCAAAUCUUAAGAUUGAGGAGUACUUUAUAGAAUUUUUGAAUGUUGAUGAUACUUCUGGUCUGGGACUUUUUAAUGUUUUACAAGAUGUCUUGAAAUGUCUUGAUCUUAAUAUGAAUGAUGUAAGAGGUCAAGGUUAUGACAAUGGCUCAAAUAUGAAAGGAAAAUAUCGAGGAGUUCAAAGUCGACUUCUUGAAAUUAAUCCAAGGGCCUUAUAUAUGCCUUGUGCUUGCCAUAGUUUGAACCUUAUUAUACAAAAUCAAAGAGUGAAGCUCAGAGUUUUGCUAAUGUACUUAAGAAAAUUUGACUUUAUUCAUGGUGUGGUGAUUUGGUAUGAUGUUUUAUUUGUUGUGAAUUUGAAAGAAGGUUUUUCUACUAGUUUAGAAAUUGCUAAAAGUAUUGCCCUAGAAAUCGGUGUAGAGGCAAAUCAUCUUGCUAAAUGUCGCAUAGUUAUAAAAAGACAAUUUGAUGAAAUUGGUAAGGGUGAACAAAUUCAAUCUCCAGAUGAUAUAUUUAGAAUUGAGUACUUUUUUGUAGUUGUAGACAUAGCAAUUUCUUCUUUUGAUACAAGAUUUGAGCAAUUGUUGAAAGCAUUGAAUAAUAAUGAAUUGAGAGACUUUUGUGCUAAUUUUCACUCCACAUUUUCUCAUGUUGAUUCGUCUGAUGUUGAUUUUGAUGAUUUUUAUUCUGAAUUAAAAGUGUUACAAAUGACAUUACCAAAUGAGUCAAUAAUGUCUGCUAUUGAUAUUCUUAAGUUUUUAAAGUAUGCGGAUUGCUAUCCAAAUGCUUUAAUUGCUUAUAGAAUUUUUUUAACUUUGCCUGUGAUAAUGAUACAAGGAGAUUUCUCUAGGAUUGAUGGAGUCAAUAAAGAUUGA